AUGACGAAAAAAACUGUUGGGUUCGACUGGGGCGCGGGCGCUGUUGGAAACUCCGUCUGGACUGGAGUCCGACUCUGUGACCUGCUUAAGCACCUCGGCAUCACGCGGCCAUCCAAGGAGCACCGCUUCGUCCACUUCGAAGGGCCCCUGGGUGAGCUUCCGCAGGGCAAGACUGGCUCGUAUGGCACCUCAAUCGACAUUGGUUGGGCCCUGGACCGGGAGCGUGAUGUGCUCUUGGCAUUUAAGCAGAACGGCGAGCUUCUGACCCCUGAUCAUGGCGCUCCACUGCGAACGCUGCUGCCUGGAUGCAUCGGCGGCCGCAUGAUCAAGUGGCUCACUUCCAUGUGGGUCUCGGAUCAGCCCUCAGAGAACCACUACCACUACUUCGACAACCGAGUCCUCCCCCCUCACGUGGAUGCGGACCUCGCUUAUGCAGAGGGCGCCUCGGGAAAAAAGAUCCUGCCUGGGGUUUGGGGGGGUUUAGGGGGUUGCGGGCGUGUUUAG